GAAGUGUCUACAGCACUUUUUAUGAAUUCUAAUUUAUACUCACUUAAAGUUCCUAAAGAUUUUGCUUAGGCCUAUUUUUUCCAGUUACCCUUGUGUUCUACUAAAUACUGAUAAAUAAUUCCAUUUAUUAGAGUUUUUAAUGAGGCCAAUUUAAGUUUGAUUAAGUUAGUUUUAGGUUAUAUCUACCUUGGCCUAACUUACACAACGUAAAGUUGAUGACAAAUCUAGCCUAUCUGUAGGGAUGUAAAAAGUAGGAUCUUAAAAAUGAAUGAUUCAAGCAAGCCUAAUAUUUCGACAAACGGGUCAUAUGGGGGCAGGAAAAAAGACUACAGCAGAUGUAAAUCUGAAAAUGUCUGUGUUGGAUUCAUUUAUGAUGAAAACUUACUUGAAGAAACAGAGAAAAUCCCAAAUAUAGGAGCUAGGAAUAAAAUGGUAACUGCUCUUAUUGAAGCUUACAACAUCAUUCCUUCGAUGAAAUGCAUCGACUCAGUCCCUGCAACAGAAGAUGAAUUGACAAGUUUCCAUGCUCAAAGUUACAUAGAAUACUUGAAAUCUGUCGAAGAUGAUGAUGUGGAACCUGAGUCUCAUCUUGAAUUUGGAUUAGGGUAUGACUGCCCUCCACUCCCAGAUCUAUAUAGAUUCGUCAUUAGUAUCGCCGGGGGAACGCUUACAGCUGUUAGACAGCUGACUAGUCGCAGAGUGCAAGUGGCCGUGAAUUGGUGCGGUGGCUGGCAUCACGCACAGAGAGACGAGGCCGAGGGUUUCUGCUACAUCAAUGAUAUUGUACUUGGGAUUGAAGAGCUGAGGAAAGAAUUCCCUUAUGUGUUAUACAUAGAUCUCGAUAUACACCAUGGUAACGGAGUGGAGAACGCAUACAGCUACACCAGGAGAGUGUUGACUCUGUCUUUCCACAAGUAUGAGCCGGGGUUCUAUCCGACGACAGGAGCUCUAACAGACAGAGGCGAGGGUCCUGGGAUCCACUACGCAGUCAACGUCCCUCUCAAGGAAGGGCUCACAGACUCGGACCUCAUACUGCUGUUUGAUAAGAUAGCUGUGGUAGCCAAGACCAGGUAUUGUCCAGAUGCUGUGGUGGUGCAGUGUGGGGCAGAUGGCCUCACAGGAGACCCUGUAGGUAACUGGAACCUGACUCCUGUAGGACUAGGUCACUGUUUGUCUACAGUCUUGUCCUGGAAACUUCCCACCCUGGUGCUCGGCGGAGGAGGAUACAACAAGGCCAACACAGCUCGUUGUUGGACUUAUCUCACAUCUGUCAUAUGCAACAAGAAACUACCAGAUGAAAUACCAGACAAUCCUUAUUUUUCAGAAUUCGGACCAGGAUUUGAUCUGGAGAUUCUACCCAGCAAUGCACCUAAUAUGAACAAAAACCUGGAUCAACUCAUAGAUGCUCUCUUAGAAAACUUGGCUGAUAUUGAAGAUCAGCAUUGAAACCAAUCACUGUGAUAAAAUACUGUGAAAAAAAAAUAUAAAAAAAUGUU